CGUCAAACAUAUGGAUUAUUGUGGUGGUGGUGGGAUAGUUGUCGCUGUGUAAAAUUCUUCGUCUUUAUUUUUCAUGAUUUUAUAAGUUUAUUUUUGUGUUAAACAUGAUGGAAGGAUCAUUGAGCAAAUGGACAAAUGUGAUGAAGGGGUGGCAGUACCGGUGGUUUGUGCUGGACGAGAAUGCAGGGUUGCUUUCAUAUUAUACGUCAAAGGAGAAAAUGACUCGCGGCGUGCGGCGCGGCUGCGUGCGCCUGCGCGCCGCUGUCAUCGGCAUCGAUGAUGAGGACGACUCCACCUUCACCAUCACAGUCGACCACAAGACCUUCCACUUUCAGGCCCGGGACGGUUCAGAGCGUGAGCGCUGGGUGCGCGCACUCGAAGACACGAUAACACGCCACGGGCGGCGCGAACGCUGGUCGCGCUGCGUGCCCGCGCCCGCGCACCGUCACGGCGACCUCGAGCGGCGCAUAUCGGAAGCGGACGCCUACCUGCAGAUCAUGAUCGAGCUUGUUAAUAAAUUAAAUAUACGAGUAUCGGAGCUAACAGAACCGCACGAGAAAAGCAGAGCUCAAGUUAUACUGGACCAUGCGAACGCAAUGUUGGACAAUAUAAAGCAUUCUAUAGUACUUCUACAAAUAGCUAAGAAUACGGUUAAUCCAGUGAAUGGCGUGUACCAAGGACCAACGAAUCCGUCGCAGGCGCAUAUCAAAGAAGAUUUGUCCCUCCGCGUAGAACUGGGCGCGGAGUGCCGCGAGCUCCCCACGCCCACGCUGCCGCUGUCGCCGAUGACGCCGCUGGAACAUAUCGACGCGCCGCGGCAAGCCAUGUCACUUCUCGUGCCAGACACCUCCUAUUCGUCAUCGGAGGGUGAAGACGAUUUCUACGACGCUGAUGAGGAACCGGCCUCGCAGACAGACCCUGGACCUAGCGCCAGCCGCACUUGCGGCGCGGAGGGUGCGCCCGACCCGGACUCGUCGCCCGUGGACCUGCCGCGCACGCGCGACGGCGAGAUCGACUACGAUGGUAAUACCAUUGUCAGCUCGUUGUCGUCCCUCUACGAAGAUGAUUCGGACAGUGACCUCGGCUCAAUGGAGAACCAUGGCUCUGUGGUCACACACCUUCUGUCACAAGUCAAGAUCGGCAUGGACCUUACCAAGGUGGUCUUACCCACGUUUAUUUUGGAGAGGCGAUCGCUUCUCGAGAUGUACGCCGACUCCUUCGCACACCCCGACCAGUUCGUCAAGAUAGUAGACCAGCCGACACCGCGCGAACGCAUGGUGCAGGUGGUCCGCUGGUACCUGAGCUCGUACCACGCGGGUCGGAAGUCGCAAGUCGCCAAGAAGCCUUAUAACCCCAUAUUGGGGGAGGUCUUCCGCUGCCACUGGGAUCUGGAUGGGGUGGAACCGCCGAGUAACGGGGAUAAACAAGAAGUCGGCGACGGGCCGGUGCCCUGGUGCACCCCGGACCAACUGUCCUUCGUCGCUGAGCAGGUGUCCCACCACCCCCCCAUUUCGGCCUUCUACGCGGAGCACGUUAAUAAACGCAUACAGUUCGAAGCGUGGGUGUGGACCAAGAGCAAGUUCCUGGGCCUGUCCAUUGGUGUCCACAAUAUUGGGAAAGGAACCGUGACCCUGUUGGACCUGGGGGAAGAGUAUACGCUCACUUUUCCCAAUGGAUACGGCAGAUCGAUACUAACAGUGCCGUGGAUAGAGCUGGGCGGUUCCGUGGUGAUAGAGUGCGUGCAAACCGGGCACCGGGCGCACGUGGAGUUCCUCACCAAGCCCUUCUACGGCGGCAAGAAGCAUCGCGUCACGUGCGAGGUGUUCGCCGGGGACAAGAAGCCGUACUACACCGCGCAGGGCGAGUGGAACACCAGGAUGGACGGCCGCUGGACCGAGUCCGGGCGCACGGAGGUGGUGUUCGACGUGUCGACGAUGCGCACGCGGCGCAAGCGCGUGGCGCCGGUGGGGCGGCAGGCGGCGCACGAGUCGCGCCGCGUGUGGCGCCACGUGACCGCCGCGCUGCGCGCCGCCGACACCGACGCCGCCACCGCCGCCAAGCGCCGCCUCGAGCAGGCGCAGCGCGACGCCGCCAAGCGCCGCCUCGACGCCGACGAGCCCUGGCUCACGCAGCUAUUCAGCCCGAAAAGCGAAGAGGGCUGGGAGUACAACACGCCGCUCAAACAGCGCCUCGAAGCGAACAAGGGGUCGCCGCAGCGCAAGCCGGAGAACGCGGAAACGAGAUAAUGCGUCUAGAUCCCAA